AUGACAGCUAUCAACAGUACUGACGUUGGCUCACACCUCUUCAUCCUGCUGGGCAUCCCAGGGCUGGAAACGGCCCACAUCUGGAUCUCUGUCCCCUUGUGCUGCAUGUACAUCGUUUCUCUGCUCGGGAACACCGGGGUGCUCGUAGUCAUACUGGUGGAGCAAAGCCUGCAGCAGCCCGUGUACCUUUUCCUCUCCAUGUUGGCUACCUCGGAUCUCAUUCUCAGUUCCACCACGGUGCCAGAAAUGUUGCUCAUGCUCUGGGUCAAGGCUGGGGAAAUUGCUGCCUGUCUCACCCAGAUGUUCUUUGUCCAUGCGGUUUUUGCUCUGGAGUCAGCCAUCCUGCUGGCCAUGGCAUUUGAUCGGUUACCAUGCUGUGGCCACCACAUCGUCCAUCACACCUACUGUGAGCACAUGGGCAUAGCCCGGCUGGCCUGUGCCGACAUCACAGUCAUUAUUGUGUACGGUUUGAUUGUCCCUUUCUUAGCCAUAGGGUUAGAUAUUAUCUUUAUCGCUGUGUCCUACACUCUGAUCCUCAGGGCCGUCUUCCGGCUUCCCUCCAAGGACGCCUGGCGCAAAGCUCUUCGCACCUGCGACUCCCACUUCUGCAUCAUAUUAAUAUUUUACAUACCGGCCUUCUUCUCGUUCUUAAGCCAUUGCUUUGGGCGCAGUGUCCCCUGCCACAUCCACAUUCUUCUCGCCAACCUCUACAUGCUGGUUCCACCCACAUUGAACCCCAUCAUUUAUGGGGUGAAAACCCAGUUGAUCUGGGCCAGGGUGCUGAAAACAUUCGAUCCUCAAAGGUGUAGCCCCUGA